AUGGGAGGACGAAGCCACCGCCGUCUCCGCUGGCACGCCCGCUCCCGCCGCACCCGCGACGUGGGGAAGCUCAACCGGCUGGUGACGCCCAGCGACGUGGGGAAGAUCAACCGGAUGGUGAUCCCGAAGCAGCUACUGGCUGACCCGACUCCCUUCUCUCCCAAUUCUCAGCGGGCGAUGCAGGCGAAGAAGCUGACCCUGCUGCAGACGAUGGCAGCUACGGGAGUCUUCUCUGCCAUCUCCUUUUGGUAUGGCUUCAUGUUUGGAAGGGAGUCCGCGCGGCGCGAGCUUGGUGGCAUCAUAGAUGACCUCCGCAGCAACAAGCCCACCAAUACUCCUGCCGGUCCCGAUGCUCAUUCGAAGCCAUGGUGGGGUAUGGUAUUCUGUUGUUCCUCCUUUGCCAUACUAAAUCUAAAUGUGGUCAAGCUUGUCUUGUGGAUCCUGCUAGGCUGUAGACGGAAGAACAAGCCUUGGAGCUACCAGUUUUUCCCCUUCUUUCAUAAUGUGUAUACGACUUGAACAUCAGUUUUUAGACUGAAAAAAAAAGUUAAUCUGCCACAAAAGACAAGGAAGAAAAACAAGUUAAAACCUCCUUUGAUUCA